GAGCAUUAUUCUGAACCCAGCUUAUUUCCGGAACCACCUGCGCCAAGCUACUGUGUUUAGGUGUUUGGAGAGAUACUCUGAAGCUGCAAGGAGCGCCAUGAUUGCUGACUAUAUGUACUGGCUGACAGGAGGCACCGAGCAGCAUAUAAGCAAGCUCAUCAAACGGUAUUGGCAGGCUAUGAUUGAAGAAGCCAUCACUAGAGAAGAAUCUUUUUCCGUUAUGUACACGCCACUUGUGACAGAAGUCAAGACUGGCAAAAUAAACAAGCUAAAGAAUGUGUUUGCUAAAAAGCACCCUGAUUACGUGGAGUACAUAUAUACAGAUCCCCAUGGACAUCACAUCUUGCCCCAGGGGGCGGAGUGGCCAUCCCUACCUCCCCAGCAGUACACACUGACUCUGGGCUUCAGAAGCAAACAUAUUGGAAAAACCUUGGAAAGGUGGUCAAGGAGAAAACUACCCAUCUUUUCAGACCGGAAAGCACCUUUCAGCCCUGUCACGGAUGAAGAAACAACAAGAUACUGGGAAAACACUGGGAAAAGGAUUGUGCCAGUAAUGGAUUUUAUAAGAAGCACCAAAUUAACUGACGAUCUCUGUGCGUGCUCACGUGGGAUAGAGAAGUUGCACUACGCCAGCUUCCUCGGCCGUCUGCAGAGAGUCGAGGAACAGUCCCAAGUGAUUAAUCAAGCGAUAGCUGAGCUAGCGACUGUUCCCUACCUGCAGGACAUCAGUGAGCAGGAUGCCAAACUGCUGCAGUCGCUAAUGGCAGAUGCCAUGGACACCCUUGAAGGAAGAAGCAGUGGGGAAGGACGUGUGUGGAAUAAAAUUCAGCAGAUCGGACUAAUUGAAGACUACUUAUACCAAGCAGAAGACAAUUACCUCAGACACAAAAGGCAGAGAAUAGCUAGGGCGGAAAGAAUGAAAAUGAAGAGGACUCAGUAUACACAGCAAUAUUAGAGACUAGGAAAUACAAAACUGUCCCUUACCAGCCCUGAAGACAUGGCCACACAGCGAACAGGAAAAUUAACACUGCAGAUAUUUGAUAGAUAG